UGAAUUGAUGUAUAAAAGACAUCUGUGACAGAAUUUCCUGUUGAGUAUCGAUUGUGUUACGCAGCUGAGGUUUUUUUAAUGGUUACUUUUAGUCACUUAGCAAAUGUUUGGAUCGUUAUCCAAAGUCUGUGAUCUUUGUACCCUGGAGCACAGUCAUCAUUUCCCAGGUGUCUCUUUAUCAAAAAUAUUUGCUGCCAGAAACAAACACAUUGAAUAAAUUACUGGAAAGAAGCAAAAAGUUUGUGUACAAAAAUGAUGACAUGCUGAAAAUGAACUCAUGCCUGCCCUCUUAAGCGAGGUGACAUAAUAAUGAAACAGCUGUGAGAGAUGGAUGACUGUGCCAUCUUUUAUAAGAAGGAAACAACUUGUAAUGUCUUCAUUUUCUUCUUCCAGGAAUACCAGACCAGAAUUCUUUACAUCUACCGAAAGGACUACGAAACAUGCAGUACAAUCUGGCAAUUGUGUUUUCUCUACUGCAACUUCUAAGUGAGGGCACGGCUGCUCCUCUGUCGGUCGAGGUGGUGAAGAUGAAAUCCAAAGUGAAGUGGAUGACGGAGCAGCUGGUGAUUCGGCUGAACAAAGACUUCCAGGUCCCCGCCGGCCUGACGCUCAGUCCGCCCGCCGAUGAACUGGAUGGACCUUCUUCCAUAGUGAACACCUUGGAGGGGUAUAACAGCGUGAUCUCGGACGCCUUCAACGGGGUCGUCCAGGUCAAGAUGGAGAUCUCUUCGCUGGCGGGUUACAUCGACCAGUGGAGGCAGGGACACUGCAGCGAGCAGCGGCCGAAGCCCUCGAUGUCGGGCCCGCUGCAAGAGCUGCAGAGUCGGAAAGAAUUCAUCCACACCGUGAGCAUGGAGGCUCUCAUGAGGGUGAAGGAGUUCCUCAAACUGCUGCUGAAAAAUCUGGAUCAUCUCGAGACUUGCUGAGAGACCGGCCUUACGAGCAAUACUUCAGCGACUUGAUUUUUCUGGCCAAUAUGUGAAGUUUGCAUCUGUGAUGUCUGACUUACCAUUUGAAAUGUAUGCUUAUUUAUUUAUAUACACAUAUUUAUAUUUAUAUGGCUUUUUUGGAGAAAUAUGUAUUUUCUAAAUUAACAUUGAAUUUUCACAGCGUUAAGUUGUGUUCUCAAAUUGUCUGUAAAAUGAACAAAGUUUUGCACUGCGAUAUAUCAAAGUCUUUCCAUGUUGCAAAAUGUUUAAAAGUGAGCUGAAUCGCCAAAGAAAAACUUCCCUUUGAGCUUUAACGUCAUCCGUGGAAAUUCCUGAAAACUACCCAAAGAUAACAAAAAACUUAAAAAGGAGAGGAAGGGUGAAGGUGACAUUCAUUGCAGGUCAGUAUCAUCUGCUCUUCCAAAAUCUCCCACGUAUGUUUGUGGAUAAUGUUUGUUUUUAUAUUUUUGUACAGUUGAAGUUUUUUUUUUUUACUAUUUCAUUCAAACUGAAUAAACAUUUG